UCCACACCGACCCCUACACCGACUGGUACUUGGCUAUUCAUGAUUUGAUGGAAAUAUAGGCCUAUCAUAAUAAUCAUAUGAUCAUACUUUGGUCUGUUGUAGGACGUGUAAGUCUGGCUGUACGUGGUAUCCAGCUGCUUGAUCACGAGUUAUACUCAAAAAUCAAUGAGGAAAUGAUCACUGUCUUGUUGGCCUACUGUUGCUAGCCCAUAAUACUGUUUCAUUUCUUCAUUUUUAAACAGUAAAUAUGGCAGGAAAGACGUUAUUUUGUGUCAUCUGCAUGGUAUACCUAUAUCUUGGGUGUACAACAGCAACCGUUGUGAGGAAUUGUGAGGGAAACCCUCUCUCUCUAUCUUGCCCCUCUGGAUCUGUGCUCAGCAUCAUCAGCGCCAACUAUGGUCGGACAACUGGACCAGAAACAUGUCCCCAUAGCAGCAUCCAGACAACUGAUUGUUACGCAUCAAAUUCAAUGAAUAUUGUCGGCAACCUCUGUAAUGGACAGACAAGGUGCACCGUGGUUGCAACAAAUAGUGUCUUUGGUGACCCUUGCGUUGGUACUUACAAAUACCUUGAGGUCAACUACACAUGCCAGAGAAGAAACGACAUAAUUCCAACGGAACCCACCUGCGAAAAUAGAUCGUACUGCACCACGGAACGCACCUGUGAGGGGAGUUCCCUGUCUUUAUCUUGCUCUUCUGGAUCUGUAGUCAAUAUCAUCAGCGCUAACUAUGGUCGGACAACAGGACCAGAAACUUGCCCACAUAGCAGCAUCCGGACGACUGCAUGCUUUGCAUCAAAUUCUUUGAACAUGGUCGGCAACAUCUGCAACGAACAGACAAGCUGUACCGUCCUAGCUACUAAUUCUGUGUUUGGUGACCCAUGCGUCGGCACAUACAAGUAUCUUGAAGUAAAGUAUACCUGCAAGCCCGGACCCGUAAGCAAUAUGAAACGAAUCUGCGAAGGGGGUUCCAUCAACCUAAGCUGUCCUUCACACACUCCGGUUAUUGUCAUAUCCAAAGCCAUGUAUGGUCGCCAGGUUCCUGGAUCGGAUUUCUGUCCUCAUAGUAGCAUCCAAACAACCAACUGCGCCGCUCCUAACUCUCUCGCUACUGCCCAAUCAGCCUGCCAAGGCCUGUCUGUUUGCACGAUGGCUGCCUCCAACCAGAUCUUCAGUGAUCCCUGUGUAGGUACCUACAAGUAUCUAGAGAUGGAGUACACUUGCGCUCGCAGGGGUCGUGUCUGCGAGCAUAAUAUUCUUGACAUCGGUUGUCCAUCAGGACAGAAGAUCGUGGUCCUUGACGCAUUCUAUGGUCGCAUGACAGGCCCGGACAUCUGCCCUCAUCCUCAAACCUCAAAUCAGAAUUGCCGUGCAUCGUCCUCUAUUCGCAUCGUGAAGGACAAGUGCAAUGGCCUGUCCUCCUGCACAGUGACUGCCAGCAACGUUGUCUUUGGAGAUCCUUGUGUAUAUACCUUCAAGUAUCUAGAAGUACUCUACAACUGUAAGCAAAUAUAGACUGUACUUUAAACGAUAUCUUACCACAAAAAAAAAUGAGGGAGGGGGCGCUUAUGACCACUGUUUAUCAUUCAUAUUUCUAUACAUGGAAACAUUUCUCAUCGUUAUGUAGACGAUAAUUCUACAGUUAAAAUCACGGAGUAAAAUGUUGUAAUGCGAUUGUAUCCGAUGCAGUUCUUUUUU